UCUUCAUUUAGUUGCUAAAAAUUGGUGUUAAUGGGCUCAAGAUUGAAACUUUGAUCUUGCUACAAGACAGGUCAUAUUAAUUCAGAAUUGACUGUGGUGGGUCCUGGGGGGGUGGGGAGAUUGGAAGAAGACACCCCAGGCCUGCAAGGAGCUCAGAAAUGUGAGCAUCUGUGCAGCAGCACUCUAAUGAUUGUGUUAUGUGGCCUAAUAGAACUGCCUACAUGGGAAUGAAUCAGGACAAAACCCAAAAAGCACAAAUUGUUUCUGGGAGGGUUCUUGAAAAAGGUAGCCCUUGAAAAGUGAUUCACAUAGUGAGGGAGUGCGAGAGAAUUCCAGGCAGGGGGGAUAUCGGUUCCUAUUGGGAUUGGAACUGGAAAUGAGCAUAUUGAACAAGACACAUUCUGUCACACAUGUCAUUGUUUAAGUCAGAGGACAGAGGGAUGGGAAGUCGGGGCUCAGAGUUGUGCAAAUUAGUGAAACUCCUCCAGCCUGGCUGUGGUGGGCAAAGUGGGUGUAAUAAUCCAAGUUCUUACAGCAGUGCAGGUCUGAUGAAGGGGUUGGGGGAGACCCUGGAAAUCUCCGGGGAGGAGAGAGGAGCUUCUUGGGCAACUGGUUUACGUUGGCUGGUUAAUUUGCUUCUUCCAGACCAGCUGGUCUUGCUUCUGGAGCAUCUCUUGGAGCAGAAGACUGUGACUCCGCGAACUCUGCAAAGCCUUGAGAGGACGUACCACCUCUCGGAGCAGGAUGCCGAGGUUCGCCAUCGCUGGUGUGAACUCAUUGUUAAGCACAAAUACACAAAAGCAUACAGAGACGUGGAGAGGUUCCUUCAGGAGGAUCAGGCCAUGGGCAUCUACCUCUACGGGGAGCUGAUGCUGAGUGAGGAUCCGCGGCAGCAGCAUCUCGCCCGCAGGUGCUUUGAGCUGAGCAGGGAGCAGAUGGACAGAUCCUCAGCCGAGGUGGUGGCUGAGAUGUUAUUUUAAUGAGGAAAGAUCACAGCGAGAAUCUUUUUCAUGCAUCUGCUCGUAGCCCCGGUGGGCCCAGGCUUGCAUGGACCCUGGACAUGAAAGGAAGAGCCGUGGGGCUGCUGAAGCCGGCAGUCAGUGGCCGCCUGCGCCUUGUGGGGUGACCUCCCCAAAGGUCCUCACCGCAGAGCUUGUGUCAAGAGGCGCACCCUCAUCAGCAAGUCUCCGUGGGCCCGUGUGAUGCCUUCAUGCCCAUCCUGGAUGAACCACCUCAAGAUCCUGAAUGUUAAUUGAGUUUCCCCUUUGAGUUAAGUCAGUUCUUCCACCCAAACACGGAAGGUCCCUGAGGCACAUGGGAAAACCCACUGCACCUUCUCCACCCAUCCCUCAGCGUGUGGAUCUGCAUUUCCACACUCUGAGAAAGCCAGAGCUUGUCUACUAGGCCCAAGGAGCUGCUGCCCACCUACUCAGAAUUAACAUUGAUAUGUCCAUUAUUUAGAUUUCCCGAAGUUUUAGUAACUUUUGAUAGAAGUGCAGGAUAAGAUUCUUUAAGAUUUGUUGAUAAUAUGAUGGAUUCAUGGUUUUUUUUUUCCUUCUUCCUGUUUACUUCUGAAUUUAAUACUUAAAAAAGAGAAAAGGGUGUAGUGUCCACAUUCUUGUCUCCUCCUUUUCUCACCUCCCUGGUUCCUCUAGUGUUCAACGUGGUGGUGAUACUCGGGGGUGGGGGGCCGUGUGCCUCCUGCACCUGAUAAAGGCACCGUCAGGCUUUGUCGUACGCCGCGGGAACCUGUGCUAAUGGUGCUUCUCUUUCCCACAAAUGUUUGAAGUUAAGAAUAGAAACUAAGCUUCCUGGGAUUGCCCAAAGGGAAGGGUGGCCUUAAAAUACCCCAGAAGCCACAGUGCAGGCACGUGAUGGAUGGCGUGAGGCUCAGCUGAGCGGGAGUGGACCGUGGGCCCGCCCCCCCACCGCCUGUGCCAUUGGUGCCUCGAGCCAGCCUGGGGGCGAUGGGCAGCUCAGCACAGCCCUUCAUUAGAAGCUCCUGACCUUCAGAAUUAUGUAACAGUGACUGUCAUUUUAGAAAGUUGCCUGAGGGUUGAUUCUUUGCUCUUACGUGUACUUUGCAUAUGUUGCUUCUGUGUGCUUUGUUUACUGUGUUGGUAUAAUAAACGUCUGAUUUUUAAAUAGGAA